AUGAAUCAUUGCAAUCUAUGGUUCAUUACAGCCCUGGUAACUUUUGUCACUUUCGUCGCUUCUACUGGGCGACAGAACGCCGUCUACUUUCCCAACUGGAGUAUCUACAGUCGCGAUUUCCAUCCUCAAAUGCUACCAAUUUCCGCAAUAACGCACAUUCUGUACGCUUUUGUUAAUAUUAAACCUUCAGGAGAAGUAUUCUCCGCCGACACAUAUGCAGAUCUGGAGAAGCAUUACUCAACUGAUUUCCUAGAACUGACUGGGAGAUUAGCCUGGGCAGACACAGGCAUCAACGUCUACGGAUGCGUAAAGCAACUGUUUAUCUUGAAAAAGACAAAUCGCAAGCUCAGGGUCAUGUUAAGCAUUGGAGGUGCAACUUGGUCAACCCAGUUUGCCACUGUUGCUAGUAAAUCACAGAGCCGCGAGCUCUUCGCCGAAACUUCUGUGAUGUUGAUGAAAGACUGGGGUUUUGACGGCAUUGAUAUCGACUGGGAAUUUCCCCGAGACAAGGUGGAAGCUGCGAGUUUUCUUCUCUUGCUCCAAGCCGUGCGACGUCGCCUUGACGCCUACGCUGCAGAGCAUGCCCCCUCCUACCAUUUUCAACUCAGCAUUGCGUCAUCCGCCGGAAGUGAGAAAUACAAGAGGCUUGACCUCAGAG